AUGAUUUCAACCCUUCUUGGUAGCUUGAAAUUUGCAUGGUAUCAAUGCCGUGCUCCUUAUGUCAACGAAUCUCGCCUUCUUGUAACCAAAGAACUUGGAUACACCUUAGAACCAAUAGAUAGAAAUCUAUCAAGACUUAUGGGCUUUGAAAAUGAGCCAGGCUCUCAAAGAAUGUCAGCCCUCGAAGCUUCCUUCUUCCUCAAAGACUUUGCAGAGCAAGACCUUGCUUCUCUUGAAAACCGUGCUCCAGCUAUUUUGCAAAAAGCUAAAGAAAUAGACCAAAAAUUGAUUUUCUUGAGAAUUUAUUACUUCUUCAUGAAUGCUGAAUACAGAAACGUAUCAACAUUGAAGCCUUAUAUAAAAAUUCACAAGGAAAGAGUGUCAAAAGUUCAUGAGAGUCUAAUGAGACUUAUACAAUAUACCCAAAUUGAUGCUUUGCCAGUGGCUGCUGUUUCUAAUACACUUUAUGGAGCAGCCAAGCUUAACUUAAGCGUGGACCCAGUUUUAAACUCAAUUUUACUGCCAGUCCUUAGUCAGAAAUAUAAGUACCUCACUACAGUUGGGCUUGCUGAAACGCUCUGGGCACUUCAUAAGUUAAACUCCAAAAACGCAGAUUUAUCUCUAACUUUCUGAGAGAGUAAUACUAUCUUUGGGAAAUUCAUCUAAAAAAGUUUUAAAUGAUUAAUUUUAUAAGGCUUAUGCUGCUUGCAUUAUAAAAGUUUAUAAAUAAUUUUUAAAAAUUUAGCCUCCUAAGUGAGUGAAAAAAAAAGUUAUAGCCAAUCAUGAUGUGGGAGAGUAAGAAGAUAUUGGCAGACUUAGGACAAAGAGAAGUGAAGUAUAUUCAAGUAGUCCCUGGAUAUUUCAAUCAUUUGCAGUUCCAGCUUGACCCAAAUGCAAAAACUCCAAGAGAAGUUGGACUUUUAAAAGAUGUGCUGAUGAUGAGUACUGAUUCUGAUACGAAGAAGCAAAUUGAAGAGUUUCUCAGCAAAUAUAAGCCUAACCAAUAA